CAGCGAAAUCCGGCAGUCUUGAAACAGAGUCUCGCAGUCACCUUCUGGGUCCACGCGCAUGUCACAGGAGCUCGCGAGGGUCAACGUGGACGACCUACGCAGGAAGGAGGGAUAGAGAUUCGUCGCCUACCCGACUGAUGGGAGUGCAUCUUGGACGCGCUGGAGUUGGCCGGUGAAAUGACCACUCAAUGAGAGCGCCAGCCUUCUCAGUGGAAAAAUGGAGAUCAAUGUCGUACCACCUCACAUCCUAUGACAAGGCCCCCAUCAAGGUGUUUGUGUGUCCCCUGAUUCGUAGGCCCAGAUGAUCACACAACCGGCGUUUGCCCGUUUAUUCUCUGCACACGGGCUGAAUAAGUCAGCAUGGACCCACGAGGCAGCAACCGCAUGGGGAUACCAGAAAUGUCGGACGGAGGCAAUGAGGGUCAUCACCUCGCAAUUGGAUGGUUUUAUUUCGGUAAUGAAUUGCCCUCACGUCAGCCGUGAGGCCCGGAAACAGCUUUCCGAUGCGGCUGCCGAAGUAGACAUUGUAAUGGUGAAGGAAGCAGGGACCCCUUGGCCAGAUGAAGAACCACGAAAACUUCUGCAAUCCGACAAAUCCAUCACAUGAACGCUAGGGAGUGAGACUGCCAGACUGCGUUGGUUCAUUGGUUGAUCUCACCAUCUCGGACCUAGAGAGGCAAGUAUAGAUGAGUCGCUGAGGUGCCUUUGAGUGUAAAAAACAGCUCCGUGGUUCACAAAUCCAUC